GGCCGCUGCACGUGUGGAGUGUCAGUCUGGGAGAGGCGUACCGAGUACGGACGGAGGAGAGGCCAGGUCGGACAGAGGAGACGAGAAAUGGAGACUGGACAGCUCCAAGAGAAGUUUAUCCAGAUGAAAGAAGAGAUGGCACUUCUGAAGGAGGAACUGACACAUCGUAAUCAAGAGGACAUGGUCCGUUUGGAUGGUGAACUGACCACUCUGAAGAAAAACUGCGACCACCUGAGUGAACAAGUGGUCGGACUGGAGGGAGAAGUGGCCACACUGAAGGGGGACAACGCCACACUGAAGGGAGAAGUAACCACACUGAAGGGAGACAACGCCACACUUAAGGGAGACAACGCCACACUGCGUCAGGAGGUGGUCCAUCUACGUGAAGAGGUGGUCCGCCUGCGGCAGGCUGUCCUCGAGGAGCGCACCACUCGCCAGGUCGUCGUGGAGGAGCUGCGGCAGGAGGUCCGCCGGCGAGCGGCGCCAUCCGACCGUUCGCAGAGUGACGGCGAAGAGGUGGUCUCACUGAAGGCCGACACCUGUGACAAGUGUGACGCCACCACCAGUUGUGACGUCACCCCAACUACGGAGGAGGCGGGGCCGGCGUCCGGUGAGCGUAGGCCGCCUGCGGCUUGCGGUACCAACAUUUACCACCUUGACUACAAGCUACUGAAGAUGGUGCUGAGCAAGAUGGACUGCUGGGACAUGUUCCGCGCCAGGCGGGUCUGCCAUCGCUGGCGGUCCGCCGUCGACGAUAUCGUCGGCGACUGUCGGCGGGAACUAACCGAUCGGCAAACCCGCGGUGGAGAGGUUCCGGCGCCGGCCACGAGCCUAGAGCUCGUAUUGAAGGCACAGGACCAGCCGAAGCUGACUGAACUGCGGGCGCCGACCGCUGAGACGGACACCGACCUCCGACUGGUCGCAGCCACCUGCCACGCCCUGGAAAAGGCCAACCUGCGCGGCUUUAAGCUGCGGGUCUCUGCCCUGCGCCGGCUGGCGCGUGCCAACGCCUCCAGUCUUUGUGAGCUGACGCUGCCGGCCGGCAUCAACGACUGGCAGCUGGAGGCCCUGCUGGAGCCGCUGAAGGCUCUGGAGCGGCUUGAUGUGAGCCCACCCGUGGACAGCUCCGGCAAGUGGCUUCGGCUGCUGCCCAAGUCGCUGAAGAGACUGGACAUUACUGGGUCGGGGAUGACUGGGGCACCGCUGACUUUCAAUAGAUGCCCGUCGGAGGGAGUGCUGGUCGGUGUACUGUCAGCAACGGACACACUCCUGGACCAGCUGGCUGUCCUGGCGACCCACACAGUCACCAAGCUGUUCAUUCGUGAAAUGGAGCCCAGGCAGCUCCAAGAGGAGGUUAUCCAGAUGAAAGAAGAGAUGGCACUUCUGAAGGAGGAACUGACACAUCGCCAUCAAGAGGGCAUUGCCCGUUUGGAUGUGGAACUGACCACACUGAAGAAAAACUGCGACUCACUGAGUGAACAGGUGGUCGGACUGGAGGGAGAAGUGGCCACACUGAAGGGAGACAACGCCACACUGAAGGGAGACAACGCCACACUGAAGGGAGACAACACUACACUGCGUCAGGAGGUGGUCCAUCUACGUGAAGAGGUGGUCCGCCUGCGGCAGGCUGUGCUCGAGGAGCGCACCACUCGCCAGGUCGUCGUGGAGGAGCUGCGGCAGGAGGUCCGCCGGCGAGCGGCGCCAUCCGACCGUUUGCAGAGUGACGACGAAGAGCCUCGCGAACUGAAUUCACUGAAAGACAACAAUUGUGACAAGUGUGACGUCACAACCCAAACUGCGGAGGACGCGGGACUGGCGGGUGAUAGCUUGAGGCCGCCCGCGCCUCACGAGACCAACAUCUACCACCUGGACACCGAGCUGCUGAAGAUGGUGCUGAGCAAGAUGGACUGCAGGGACAUGUUCCGCGCCAGGCGGG